CAUGGAGUCAGGCUGAUGUUGUUGCUCUGUCAAUGGCUGGGACACAUGGAGGUGUUGGUGUUUGUGAAACGCGUCUACAGCGCUGAUCUGUGCGUCAGUGCGUUUUAUUGACUCUACCUGGAACAGGAAGACUCAACGCGAGACAGCACUCCUGUAAUAGCAUCUGCCACCAUGAGUGCGACUGAAGCAAACCUUUCUGAAAAGCCUCAUCCAGGAGCUCUGGCUUUGGAGCUGACUUGCCCCAUCUGCUUGGAGCUCUUCUCUGAUCCCGUUUCUCUCCCCUGUGGUCACAUCUACUGCUUAACCUGCCUGCAAACCAUGGGAGAAGGCCUUGACCAACACAGCUGCCCAGAGUGCCAGGCAGACUACCAGGGAACCAAAGCCCUUGUGAGAAGCUUUAAAAUGUGCAGCAUCAUAGAGAGCUACAAAGCCACUGCUGGGGAAAUCAACUCAACUACAAACCCUUCUGAUAUCAGCCAUGUAACAAUCAAGAGUGAUGAUAGGCCUGUUACAGAAGAAUCAAAUACAAAGUAUCACCAGGACACAGCAACAGCAGGAGGGGGCCGGGAAGAAAGCUUAGACUGUAAGGGUAAGGAUGGCUUUCAGGUUGGUUCUGGAUCCACAGGCAGUGGCAAAGCCAAGACAGAAAUGGAUGAACCCAAAUUCAGGCUGGCAUCUCAAGUCACAGAGUUGAGCCUCAAGCUGGAGAUGGCAGAGAGUGUGCUGAGGAAAGAGAAGGAACGCGAGUUAGAGGUGACCACCGCAAAUGGUCAGCUGAGAGAGAAAGCAUCCAAACUUUUAGGGCAGAUAAAAGAUUUGUCGCAGAGCUACAGCGUACAGGUGAUGCAGAUUAUUGAAGAACAGCUAGGCCCAGGUGAGGCCGCUGUGGGCAGCCGAGUCGGUCAAGCUUCUGAGCUGACCAAGCAGCUGAGACACGCUAUGCUCACAGCGGAGUCCCUCCUGACCGAAGAGGAUGCGACUGAAUUUAGUGACGAGCUUCAGACUCUACAGCCACGCAUCGUGGAGUUAAUGGCCACGCCUGUGGGAGAAGAGGAAGACCGCAUUGAAUCAAAAGUCAAUGCUGCAGAAGCCUGUCCCGAGCUGGAAAAAAUGAAUUCCGAGCUGAGGGAAAGAUUUGGAGAGAUUCAGCGCUCCCUUCGAAACAUCCUCAACCCUUCAGAGGUGACCUUUGACCCAGAAACUGCCCACCCAAACCUCGUCCUCUCAGAAGACUUGAAGACAGUGACUUUCAGCGCUGCCAAACAGCCCUACCCAUCCUGUCCUCAGAGGUUCACCAACUUCUUCCAGGUCCUCAGCACCCAGAGCUUCUACGAAGGUGAUCACUGCUGGGAGGUGGAGCUGGAAGGUUCUCCCUGGAUCAUUGGUGUGUGCUACAGUGGGAAGCUAGCACGUAGCGGGUUGCCCUCUGCUCUGGAAAGCAGCCGGAGCUCCUGGUGUCUGAUGUGGUUCAACAACCUGCUGACGGCCUUUGAGCAGAGCCACAGUGUGCCGCUGAAGAAGACCACCGUGUCACGCAGGCUGGAGAUCACACUGAGUUUCAAGACCCACAGGCUGAGCUUCUACAACAUCAGCCCCGUCAGCGGGAAGACUCAUGUGUACACAUUUAAGGCUAACCUGACUGAACCAGUGCACCUGGCCUACAGGAUGAUGUCAGGGCACCCCAAAGGACGUGUCACUAUUUAUUCAUAAACAUAACUACAAUUUCUGUUAACUAUAUACUCUUGGCAAAUGUGCUGCUGCAUAGUAGAAGGUACAAAGUGAUAAUAUUUUUAAGCUGAUUUGAGACUUGAAAUUUCGACGAUUUAAAGAAUGUAAAGUCUUGAGCUGUAUGUUGGUAGACAUACAGACUCUGACUUCCUCAUUCCUCAACCAAGAGUUCAGGAAUUCUGACUGCACUUCCUUUAUGUUUUGUGUUAUAAUAUAUGACUGCUUCUACAUAGGCUUAAAAACAUACAUGGGACUGAAUUACUAAUUUCAGUGUUCAUGAAACAUAGUGCUCACAUGCCAUGCUCAAAAAUGAUGCCUCAAUAAAUGUUGUCAUUAUUAUUAUUAUUAUUAUUAACUUUAUGGUAAUGUACAGUGUGAUUCAUAGUGCAUAGUGUAAAGGUUAAAACAAAGCAAAGAUUACACAUUGAAAAACAUUGUGUUUUAUGAUUUUUUUGUAUUUCCAUCUGACAAAUAAACUCCUGACAGAAUUACUCU